GUGAAAAUUUAUCAAGACAAAUUAUGAGUAUAUGAAUAGAUUUAGUGACUCUGAUCAAUGUUUUAAUAAAAUGUGGUAUUAUUCUUAAAAUUUUUUGAAAUGGUCGUGCGAUUACUUGCGCAAGCUGGCUGUUCACACUUCCAAUUGAGUUGGUGCAAAAAAUCGGAAAUUGAUGACGAAGUCAUAACAAAUUUUAUAAUGUUCAUCACAUUUAGAAAAAAUUGCAAAUUAAAGUUUAAAAUCGAUCUAAAAUAAUUCCAGCUAUUGCUUCAGCGAGUAAUGGAAUAUUUGAUUUGUGUGUAAAUGUAAAUGUUUGUGUGAAUAUAGAUUGUUUUUACACCUUUCUGCUUAAAUCAAAGAAUAUUUAAAAAAAUAAUCCUGUGAAUAAAUAAUUAACAUAUAUAUGCGUAAAUAAAUGCAAGCAAUAGUCAGUUGAAACUAAUACUGGAUGCAUAAAAACCGCAAUACGUCGCUUGCACUCAGUCCAAAAAAUAUAUGGAAAAUUUUUCACAAAGCUUUGAGCAAAUAAAAUAACAACAAAAACCAAAUCAACAAAAAAAAAUCUUUUUAACAAAUUUGUACCAAAGGUCGAUAUUAGUCAGAAACAACAACCUUUAAUUGCUUUGCUUUUCGUAGUAGCAUUAUUACUACGAUUUUGCAUCUUUUUGGGUUGCUCAUAUAAAAAAUAAAUUUGUCAAGCUGAAGCAGUUGUCGCAAGACGUGUCGGUGCUGUUGAAAAUUAAAAAAAUGGACAGCAUCGGUGAGGAGAACGGCAACUCGAACAACAUUGAGGAGGGACACAAUUUGACUACCACCUCAACGCAACAGCAGCAGCAGCAGCAUCACCACCAAAGUAACAACUCGUCAAAUCCAACCGCCGGCAAUAGUGUAGCAGCAUCAGCGUCAGCGAGUGGCGCUACUGUCUUGACUACAACAACGAGUGUGCAAUAUCCCAUAGUCGCGUCGGUGCACAGUUUACAGCAAAUGCAAUCUGUUAUUCAAGCAGCGAAUCAGUCGUCAGUCAUACAAACAGCCGCUACAAAUGCCUUGACUGCGCCAGCGACAGGAGCGAUAGGAGCGCCCAAAGGUGGUGUAUUGUAUGUGAACAAACCGCCUAGUACAACGGUAAUACACACAACAUCAGGCAGUGGUGUGCAAGUGAGUAGAAAAAAACUCCCUCCACAUUUUCAAUGUAAAAUCAAACCCGAACCAAAUACACAACACCUCGAUACAAACAGUGAGGACAGUCUCACUGAUGAGGAUUCACCGCAGCGACGAAUAGAGCUUACAAGAAGGCCAUCGUACAAUAAAAUUUUCACCGAAAUUAGUGGACCUGAUAUAUCUGGUGGAGCGGCUUUGCAAAUGUCAGAGACUGGUGGAUUACAUGCGUUAGCGGGCACAGGGGGCAGUACAAGCGGCACACUGAUACAAUUGCCGCCGGAUAAUGCGGCAACGUUUUACCUACCUCAUAGGAUUUCCUACAAUACUAAUAAUAGUGGCAUACCUGAGGAUCAAACGCGUAAGCGUGAGAUACGUUUACAGAAAAAUCGCGAGGCAGCACGUGAAUGUCGGCGUAAAAAGAAGGAGUACAUAAAGUGCCUGGAAAAUCGUGUGGCGGUACUUGAGAAUCAAAAUAAAGCGCUCAUCGAAGAAUUGAAAUCACUCAAAGAGCUCUACUGUCAGACGAAGAUCGAGUGAGAUAGGCCGGAUGUUGCUGAUGAUGAUGACGACGACGACAACGUUGACGACGAUAAUACGGUUGGGACGGAAGUGGCGGCUACUGAGAUGAACUAUGAAAAUAAUGAUGACAUGGACAAAAUCGAAAUUAUUGCAGAUUCCGAAAAUUUAGCUCUUACAAAUGUAGAUCUCGCUACAAGUACAAAUUGUGUGAAUGUUGUUGCUGGUAGUAAAAUUUUCAAUGUCACUGCUAUAAGUGAAACGGCUGUUAGUGCAACGCAAGUAGUGCAUGAUAAUGACGAUGGGGAUGAUGAUGAUAGUAGCAAUCAGUAUGAGGAGAGUGAAUAUAUUGUAUCUGGUUGUAAUGAUGAUCUUCAAGCGAAUAAUCAAUUGCAAGUGUUGCGUGUGGAAACAUUACCAACUGCUGUUAUUGCAGCAACAGCGACUACAACAACAACAACAGCAACAACAACAACCGUUGUACGCCGCCUCGUAGUUGCAAAUGUGAACGCAUCUGCCGCCGCUGCCGUCAAUACCACCACCGUCGCCGCCGCCGCUACCGUUGUUUUUGUGCCCGCCAGACCUCCCACAAAUUGUUAACCUGAUUCGACGUUGAUUUAGUGCUGGUUUGCUCUAAUUUCUACGACUGAAUUAUUAGUCUUUUUUUUUUUUUGGAAAUAAAAAGAAAACACUUACAAAAACAAAAAAAAAAAUAAAGGAAACUGAGUUAAGUGAAUUAGGAGGAUAAAAUACAUUUUUGUAAUUAUAUUUUUAUCUAAAUAUAUAGAAUGAAAUGAGAUAUUAGAUAAGAGCUUUUACAUUUUCAUUGUAUAAAUGCAAUUCAAAACUAUGUUAUGAUAACGUAACACGUAAAGUAGUUAAAAUUACAAACGAAAAUGCGACGGCCUGCAGUGAACGCUGGACCGACGACUAUAAAUUGAUAAUUUUUUUUAUCAUAAAAAAAAAUUGAAAACAUUCACUUGCUACAAAGUUAAUUUGUAACUAAUGCUAAUUUUAAAUGAAAUUUGUUUCUAAGUUUGUAUAUGCUACUGUAUAAAAUGGCAGAUGUUAGAAGAGUGUGUGUAUAAAAAAAUAAAGUCAAAUGCUUUUGAUAUCUCGACUCUAGAAAAUUAUAAUGAAUUGCAAAUAUUUUAAUAUUUAAAAAUUUUAAACAAAAAAUAGAUAUGAAAAUUAUACGAAAGAAAAUUAAAUAAAAAUGGAGUAAAGAUAAAAUAAAUGAAUAUCAAAUAAAAAAAUUGUAAAAUUUGAAAUGUAAAUUAUUUCUCUAAUCUCUACUGCAUCUCUUUGUUUUGUUAUAAUAUAAUAGAAUACUACGGAGAUAUGAGAAAGGACAAGACAAAAAAAAACAAAAAAAA